GUCAAAAGGAAAAUAGGAGCCACAGGGUUUUGUCAGGGAUGCCAUGACAGAACCCCAACAAACUCUCUCUCUCUCUCUCUCUCAUGACAGAAGACCUCCAAAGUCCAAACAUUUCAAAUCUCUCUCUCUCUCUCUGUUGACAGAAGCCCUACAAACCUUUCAAGGCUCUCUCUUUCUCGUCCCUGAGUUUAUUUGUUGGUAUGGAAUGGAUGGGUAGGUGGGACUGAUCACCGCCUUUUGUCAGGACUCAGGACCCCUGACUGCGCCUUUUCCCACUUCCAAAUCCCAAUUUCUUCCAUCUAUUAUUUAACUUAAACUAACUGUUUCCCAUUUUCAUGAAACUUUCAAGUCUGAGCAAUAACUCUCAAGCUUAAGAGAGAGAAUGAGGAGGAAAAAAAGUGAGAGAAGGCAGCCACAAAAAGGAGUGUCUUGUCGGCAACUGGACCAGAAAAGCAAGACACCCAAAAAGCAAACAGAGGCACUGCCUUUCAAAAAAGCGGCUUGAGUGCACAGAAAGUUGAUGUGGAGAGCCAGAGCAAAAUAUCCCAGAAGACAGGGAGAGUGCUAUAUUUGAGUCCAGAGUAGGUUGUUGCAGAGAGCCAAAUCAAAAAAUCCAGAGAGAGAGAGAGAGAGAGUUCAUUGAGCAACCAAACAAGUUGGGAGAGAGGGCAAGUGUUUGAGUACAAGAGUUGUGAGCUCCCAAAAAAAAGUGGGGACAGAGAGAGAACGUGUGUGCAGGGGAGGGGAGAAGCAUGGCUGCGGUGGUGGAGUCGGGAUCAUCGAAGAGGUACUCAGACCGGAGGAGUCCGGUUGAAGGCAUGGGCAAAGCCAUAGUGCCGGCCUCUCCCGGUCGCCCAUCGGUCGAACCUGCCGCUCAGGAGGAUGAGCUCCCGCAGAAGCCCCUGGUCUUCAAAUACGAUGGUGGCGGUGACCAUAAGCCCAAGAAGGUAGCCCACAUGCUCCGUUCAGUCUUACGCAGCGUCAUCCCCUUCGCUGUGGUGAUGCCCUUCUCUUGCAAGGGCCUCCACGUCCUGCCCACGCGCCCCUCGGCGCUACUGCGUGGGUCGUCGUCGCACCUUGGCAGCUGCAUCACGGGCACCCUCUUUGGCUACCGCCGUGGCCACGUGCACUUCACAUUCCAGGAGGACCCAGGGGCGUGGCCAGCGCUCGUCAUCGAGCUGGCCAUGCAGACCAGCGCCCUCGUCAAGGAGAUGGCGUGCGGGGUGGUGCGCGUUGCCCUCGAAUGUGAGCGAAGGUGCCAAGACGACAAGGCCAAAAAGAAGAGGGGCCGCCGCCUCAUUGACGAGCCGGUGUGGAGCAUGUACUGCAACGGGAGGAAGAGCGGCUACGCCGUGACGAGGGAGUGUGCAGGGGGCGACUGGGAAAUUUUGAAGGCAGUGCAGGCGAUAUCGAUGGGGGCGGGGGUGCUGCCACUCGGGCACGGGGGUGGCGGCGAUGGUGGUGGGGAGCUCAUGUAUAUGAGGGCGAGGUUUGAGAGGGUCGUUGGUUCGAAGGACUCUGAGGCCUUUUACAUGAUCAACCCUGAUGGCACUGGAGGCCCUGAGCUCAGCAUCUUCCUCCUCAGGAUCUAGAUUUAACUACUACAAUAAGAGAGGCCUCACUUUUGAUACAAAACAAACCCCCUGUCCUCAAAACCAAGUUUUCUCUGUUUUUCUCUAAAAAUCCUUUCGUUUGUUGCUAACUUAACUGACUGCGUUUGUAUGUAAAUGGUGUUGUUUAGUUCUUUUUGGUGUUUUUUGUGGUGUUGCUUGUUUUGAGAUUGAGAUUAAAGCGCUGCAAAUGACUGAAACCAUUCUUAAAAAGUUUUUUCCUUUCA